AUGGCUACCCAAACACCCCUUCUCCUGGCCCAACACGUCCCAGGCAAUGAUAAGUAUAUCAAUAUUUUCUGGGGCACGGGGCUCUUCGGCGCAGAAUUCGUGCGAGUCCUAGCAGAAAAGUAUCCGAAAUGCGCCAUCACUGUCGUUGAUCGUAUUCCCCGACGAAUUUGGUUGUAUUUCUGGUGGACAUAUCCUUCAUGCAAGUCGAUGUCAUAG